UUGAACAACUGAUGCGACUGGUCUGAGGUUAAGAUCCCGGCACCUUUCCGACAAUGAUCAAGCCCAACAAUGCAAUAGCUCUCAUACUCUUACUACUUCUUCUCUUUAUGACACUAUUAGUCUACAUUCUCCUCAGACUCCUCCGGGUGACUAGACCUUCCGGGAGCGAAAAGUCAUACCUCGGAACAGACGAUACAUAUGAGUCGGGAACAUCACCACAUUCGCCAAGCUCUAUCGACGCUGCCGAGCCCCAGGGAGGUGGCCAUGGGGUAGUACCGCCGCCGGCCAACAAUGGUGGACGAUUCAAUAGACCUAUCAACAUGAACGGGGCUGGUCGAGGUGGCGCUGUAAAUGUUCCACCUCUGAAUAUCAAUGCGCAGCAGGACGGGUGAGGUUUAGGUGGAAACGUCAACAUAUCUCCUGUGCACAGAUGAAAAGCUGUGGCAGCAUAUCUUACCACAAGAAUGGCCAUCUUCAGAGUAGGCCCAGACCCAAGCCCACAAGCCAGGCGUUGCUCCCACGCGAGGGGAUGCGGAAGUUCGUACUUCGUGUUGGUGGGCAUGGCAGAGCCUGAGACCGACCUACAGAUUUUGUUACUCGCGACGUGGCAGUUUUGAAGCUUCGAGAACAAUUAAGCCGUCAUACUGUACUGCUCAUGAUUGAGGGG